AACAACUGGGAUGCUGUCUGCUGUAGGCCUAUCGUCAUGGCGUGUUUGGAAACUCAAUAUCGGCCGCUUCCGUACAUCCAGCAUCUGCACGAAUUGCCACGACUGGAUUUUCAUUUCGACUCUUGCAACAACGUUACCUUUGAGCCAAAUGAAGUUUCUUAUUGGGAGGGUGUAGGUUUCUGGGGUGCAAUUCUAGCGUUAUUCGGCUUGCUGCUAUUCUUUGGAAUUCUUUUCUACCUUGUUUGCAAGUGUUGUUGUUGUCGUACUGAAAGGGAUUACAACGUUUCUCCGAAGUCGUCAUCUAGAGCUCGAUGCCUUUUCUUGUUGUCAGCAGUUGUGGCAAUGGCAAUUAUUGGAGCGGCGGUUUACGGUGCGGCCGCCAGUGUUGUCGACGGGAAGACAGUGAUCGAGAAAGGAAAGCAAGGUGCCAAGAAAGUUUUUCAAGUUGAAAAUGAGGUUACGGGUUUGUUGAAACAAUUGGAUGAAGAAGUAGUUCUUCCCUUGGAACUCUUAGAGGCUCAGUCUGAUAUUGAAUUAAUUCAAUCUGUUCUGUACGAUUUGGACAAUGUAAAGAAAGAGCUGUAUAAGGUAUCUGAUAAACUAGAUGAAGUUCAGGUUGGUUCCACUGUCAACUUUACGGAGAAAUAUGUUAACUAUUGGGAAUAUGGAAUUCUUCCUGCUGUGUCUUGGAUGGUGGUUGUUGCUUUCAUUUUUCUAUUAGGGUCAUGCUGCUGUACAAGGUGUUUUGUUCAAUUAGGUGUUCUUAUUGCAUUGUUGGGCAUCAUAGUUGCUUUCAUUAGUGGUGCAGUGGCAUUCUGCUUAGCUCUGGCUGGUAGUGACUUCUGCAUGAAUCCAGAUUACUAUGUUCUUCAUUAUUCAGCAAAUAUUGGUCCAACUGACACAGUUGAGUAUUAUGUUUGCUGCUCUGAACAGUAUGAGAGUCCUUUUCAAGAGGAGUUAAAUGCGGCUUUUGAGGCUUCAGAGGAGAUAGAAAGUUUGCUAACUGAGCUAAAGGAGCAAGUUGAAAAUGCAUCCCAAGUUGAUCUAGUUAACCAGGCAAUUAGUGGAUUUGAUAAGGGAAGAGAACAUCUGCAUCAAAUUGCACAAGCUUUGCAUUGCCAAGGUUUACACGAGUUGUACGUUGAAGCUCGAACAUCAAUUUGUGACAAUGGCAUUUUGAGCCUGAUUAUACUGUGUGGUGCUGCUAUGACAACUUCGGUCAUGUUUGUAAUUGUGAUCAGCUGUGGUUGCCAUUUGCUGAAAAAGUUGAAACAAGAACAUGAAUACCAGGACACAGAAAGAAUGCCUCUUACUGUUCAUGAUGACAACAAUGGUAAUACAUCUAGCUAUGGUUCAUAUAAUGAAAACCAUGCUGUGGAUGAGACUAGAGUUGAUCUUCCACCUACUGUCCAGUAUGAAUCGUUUGUGCCCAAUGAUGGAAAUGACCAGUGACAACAUGAUGGUACUUGGUAUCACUCAUAGACUAUGGAUUUGUAACAUGAACAAAUAUCUGUUGGUUGUCAGCAACUUGCUUGUAAUGUUUAGAGUAUGUAGUAGUAGUUUGCUAGUGUAGAUUUGUACUGUACAGUAGCUCUUAGUAUCUUCGAUUAGUUUAUGCUGUGCCAAUAGGAAAGUUGAUUGCCAUGAUCGGGAACGAA